AUGGACGUUGAGUUUUUGAGAAAUAAAUAUGAAGACAGCUAUGAUGGAGUGGUUACCAAAUCGAAAUUCAAAAUCGGCAUCCGACAUCUACAGAUGGUUUAUAUGUUCCUAUGUACCCUUAUCAUGGGUAUGAUGAGGAGCAGUAAUGUUAUCGCCGUUCUAGCAAUUUCUGACUUUACUAGAAAUAAUGAAACAUAUAUACAGAUACACAACUGGGAUAGUAGAAUUCAAGGAACAAUAUUUUCAUCUUUCUUUUUUGGAUACGCUUUGAUUUAUUUGCCGGCUGAAAUCUAUUUAAAGCAAGUCGGAGAUAAGUUUGUUCUUACUUCUGUCCUUUUGAUCAAUGGAGGACUAUCAGCAGCGAUGCCGACAGUCGUCAAUAAGGGUGGUUGGAUAGCUGUGUGUAAUGCAGAAUUUCUGAUGGGGAUGACACAAGCUUGUCUACUUCCAAUCAAUGAACAACUGAUAUGUAACUGGCUGCCGCCGAGCGAGAGAAGAAUAUUUGGUCCAAUAAUUCAAGGAGCAAUUCUCCUCGGGACUGUUAUUGCGUUUCCAAUAUCUGGUUAUCUCUUUCAAACUCGAUUAGGCUGGGAAUUGAUAUUCUAUUCCCAAGCCAUGAUGACACUAUCAAUGGCAGCUAUAUGGGCUUUACUGACUGCUGGUAGUCCAGGCAGUCACCAGGCUAUUGGGAAUGAAGAGAAGGAUUUUAUUAGACAAGCUCUAUCAACAUAUAGAAAGAAAAAGCAGAUUAAUCCAUGGCGACAAAUACUUAGAACCAAAACAUUUUGGGCACUAGCUUUAAGUCAUUCGGCGGCUAGUGCUAUUUUUAUUUUCUUCGUAGUCGAAGUUCCAGCUUUUUUAUUGAUUUUGAACUCGUCUCUUAGAACUAGCAGUUCACUAGCAUCGCUACCUUUAAUAUGUAUGUGGAGUAUCCACGUAUUGAGUGCACAAACUUUAGACUUUAUCUUCAAUAUCGGCCUCGCCGGAUUUUUAUUUCACGUGAAACACUUCAGAAAAAUCGUCAACAGUAUAGCAACUUUUGGGAUUGUUAUAGGAUUAAUGACACUGCCCAAUUUGAUUGCCAGCUGGAAUCAAUUAGGGUUAUUCGUAUUGAUGGGAACACUAGGAUUACUUGGACUACAGUUUUCGGGGUUUCUGGAAAAUCACAGAGAUAUGACACAGAAUUUCUCAGGAACUUUGCUAACGAUGACUAGUGCCGUAUCAAAUGUUAUAGCCGCUUUGAUACCUUUGAUAUCUGGUUUCAUCAUUAGUGACAAUAUGGUAAGUAAACAUCAGGACUAUAACAUAAUUGUUAUAUUU